CCGGUUUCCACCGGCUACGGCAUCCCCCAUCUAUCCUCCACUAUCCAUACUUCUAAUCUUCAUGAUGCAUUUUAUACCUCGACAAAUUCCCCUCCUUGGUCUUCUCACAGAGGUUCUUAUCCCUAUAAUAAUCUUGACGUGAAGCCUUCUUUGUUCACGCUCCACAGAUCCCCUCACCAACCCUCCUUGCCUCCCCCAUUUCUCUAUCUCUCUAUCUUCGCCACUAUCUUCUCGAUCACAAUGAAGGCCGCCCGCCGUCCGAUGCGGGCGCUAUCUAGCGCUCCCUCUUCGUACUCUUCGGCCAGAUACGUCAGUCGCACCAGCAACCCAAAAUCCUCUGCCGCCGCCUCCACACCUGCAUCCACCAGCAGCAUCCUCCAACAGGCGACUCUGUCGCCCAAGGAUGCUUCAGGAUCCCCGCUGGCCAAACUCCCCAUCUCCUCGGUCUUGCGGUCGUUGGUGAUCCUGUCCGUGUCCUCCUCGACCCUCCUCCUCAAGCCAUGCAUCUUCGCUCUCUCGACACUCGCUCACCCCAAGACUCCCGUGUUGGAUGUGGCCAAGAACCCUCUCUUGAAUGCAGUCGUCAAGCACACUCUGUACAAGCAAUUCAACGCCGGCGAGAACAAGCUCGAGGUUCAGCGGUCGAUCCAGGCUAUCAAGCAACUGGGUUACCGCGGCGUACUGCUAGGCUAUGCCCGUGAAGUCCUCGUGGGUGAGAGUGAUGUUGAUAUCCGCGAUGAGAAGGCCGCACAGGCGGAGAUCCAGACGUGGCUGGAUGGUACCUUGCAGACCGUGGAUAUGGCCCAGGAAGGCGACUUUGUGGCUCUGAAGUUCACUGGUAUGGGUACUCAGGUUCUCCACUACCUGCAGCAGCAGGCUGCGCCCUCGGAGUUCAUGGACAACGCCAUCACCAAAGUCUGCGAUUUGGCCAUCUCGCGCAAUGUGCGACUUCUCGUUGAUGCGGAGGAGCAGGCUGUGCAGCCAGGAAUCGAGGGGUGGGCUUUGAAGUACCAGAAGUACUGCAAUGCUAAGACCCCUGGUCGCGCUAUCUUCUACAACACCUACCAGGCUUAUCUCCGCUCUACGCCGGCGACCAUUGCCAAGCACCUUGAGGUCGCUCGCCAGGAAGGCUACACCCUCGGUGUGAAGCUGGUGCGGGGUGCUUACCUCAAGACUGAGCCCCGCCAUCUGAUCUGGGCUGAGAAAGAGGAGACUGACGCAUGCUACGACGGCGUCGUCGAGGUCCUCCUGACCCGCCGCUACAACUCUAUGCUGAAGUCUGCCUCUGAAGUGCACAAGACCGAGCUACCACCUGUCAACGUCAUCAUCGCCACCCACAACCGGGAUUCUGUCCGCAAGGCCCACGCUAUCCGUCUCCAGCAAGCUGCUCGGGCCGAGUCGCAAGGGGUUGACCUCAGCUACGCCCAACUCCAGGGUAUGGCCGACGAGGUCAGCUGCGAGCUCUUGCAAGGCUUCCCGGGCGCGGACUCCACCGCCUCCCAGGAAUCGCCGAACGUAUACAAGCUGCUGACCUGGGGCACCGUCAAGGAAUGCAUGGGUUUCUUGAUGAGACGUGCCGUGGAGAACACCGAAGCUGUUGGACGUACCAAGCAGUCGCAGGAGGCCAUGCUUGGGGAGCUGAAGCGCCGGGUUCGUCAGGUGUUUGGGCUGGGCAAUUGAUGCUACUAUGAUACCUUUGUCUUGCGUUCUGUUUUCGGGUUUUCUUGAUAUCAUCGGGCACUUGCAUCUUGGUCUGAAGACUGAUUCUCUGAGCGUCUGCUUGCAUCUAGACGGUGUUAACAAUUCGAGGUUGGCGCAUUAAUGAUAACGAAUUUCAAAAUUACAUGGUGU